ACAAGCCCGAGGCGCGUGCCCGAAGCGCGCCUCGCUCCUUCACGCCAUGGAGCUGGUGGCGGAGCUGCGCGCGGGCGGCGGGCGGGCGCGGGAGGUGCGAGUGCGGUGCGCGACGGAGGCGGGCGGGGAGCUGAGCGCGCUGCGGCGCGGGCUGGGAGAGCUGCAGGAGCGCGUGGCCGAGCUGCUCGCGCCCCUCGUGCUGGAACAGCAGCGGCGCGGCGCGGCGGGCGGAGCGCCGGGCGGCGGUGACGGCCCGAGGGAGGAAGAGCAGGAGGAGGAGGAGGACGACGACGACGAAGACGAGGAGGAGAACGGCGUGGACGCGGCGCGGGCCGAGCUCCCCCCCCCGAAGCGGACGAGGGUGCAGCCGCCGUGAGGGCAGCGCGCGGGCUCCGCGUUACGCCGCGCCGAGCGCUGUGCGGGGCUCACGGCGCGGGAAUAAAGCGGUGACGGCGGAGAGCGGUGUGGGUCAUUGCCGCACGGCGGCACCGCGCUGCGCCGCCACGCAGCGGGAGCCCUGCCGCGCUCACAUCGUGCCUUCAAACAAGCAUGUGUAGCCCUUAUUGCAGCCACAAACCUUUUGAAGAGAGAAAAAAGUACUUCACGGGAACCUCAGUAACACUGAACUGUGAGCUCGCUGCCGGCACGGGCUGUGUGUAACUCCUGAGCUGGGAACUUAGUUUUGUGAGAGCUGCCCCAAGGCGACGAGGCGCGGAAAGCUUCGGUGAGGUUUGUUUUCUUGUCAGAGUGCGUCUCCUCCACACAGGGGUUGUGCUGCGGGACAGUGUGCCGUGACAGCUUUGGAAAGCUCCGUUCGCUGGUUCAGACAGCUUUGAGUCUAAACGCACCUCAGAGUGUAAAUGUCGCAUGUUCUAAAAAAAGUUUAAGAUCCUAA